UGAUCUGUUGCUCGGUCAAUCCGGAUUGUAUACAGUAUGUUUGCUGCUUAUUUCCGGUCUCCGACUUCCGGUUGAGUCUCAGUGAGUGAGCUGAGGUGAGAUCUUUUAUAUCCGAGAGAAGGGAGUGUCAGCGCGAGACUAAAGACGUUCAGAGGUGCGAAGAGGAACAAGGCAGAUUGCAGAAGCGUCCAGUGUGAGACAGAAGGAACUCUCAUCAGGUUGGUCACUCUCAGAAGGCAGUGAUGGGGAUGAACGAGCAGGACGGAGCUCAGAGCUUCCUGAAAAGUUUCGUGGAGGAGUUUGAGAACCCGCUGGGACACGAUGACCCGCUUCCUCUCGCUCCACUCAGCCGCACCGUGACGCUGGAGGAGGUGAAGGGUGAAAGCCUGGACCUGGGGCUUAGACUGUUGUCUGCCAGGAACGCCUCUGGCUGGCUGAGUGCGUCAAUGUGCCAUGCUGCGGUCACUGAGCUUCUGAAAGAUGACCUUUCACCUUUCCACUGCCCUAAAGACCCUGAACAGCAGCAGGAGGGUGAAACAAAAGUAGUUUUGCUGCAGUCUGAGCCUCUUCAGCGUCUGUUUAUCAACAAGCUCAGAGAAGUGGGUGUGGCCUGGCAGAAACAACUGCCCAAUCAGACACCUCGGUCCUCGCGCUCCUGCCUCUGCUCUGUCCACGCCAUUCGGAACACACGCAGGAAGAUGGAGGAUCGGCACGUGAUGCUGCCUGAGUUUAAUCAGCUUUUCGGGUUACAGGACGGCGUGGAGCGCGAGUACUACGCCGUGUUCGACGGUCACGGAGGAGUCGACGCAGCCACUUACUCUUCUACUCACCUGCACGUCAUCCUCAGCCAACAGGAGACGCUGAAGAGCGACACCAGCGCGGCUUUUAAAAACUCCUUCGUACAAACGGACGAGAUGUUUAGGAUCAAGGCCAGGAGAGAGCGCAUGCGCAGCGGCAGUACGGGCGUGGCUGUGUUGCUGGCUGCCGAUUGGCUGACGGUGUCCUGGCUAGGCGACUCGCAGGCCAUGCUGGUGAGGAAGGGCGAGCCGGUCAUCCUCAUGGACCCCCAUAAACCCGAGAGAGAGGAUGAGAAGAAGAGAAUAGAGGAUCUGGGUGGCUGCAUUGCCUUCAUGGGCUGCUGGCGUGUGAACGGGACAUAUGCUGUUUCCCGGGCGAUAGGCGAUUUCGAUCAGAAGCCGUACGUCUCUAACGCGGCAGACUGUUCCUCGGUUCAGCUGAGUGGAGAUGAGGACUACGUGCUGCUGGCGUGCGACGGGUUCUUUGAUGUCCUGCGGCCGGCCGACGUCCCCGCCCUGGUCCUGGAGGCCCUGCAGGAGUCUGGUGGCUCGGGGCAGGAUGUCGCUCAGAGCCUGGUGGCUCAGGCCAAAGCUGCAGGCUCCAGCGAUAACAUCACCGUCUUGCUGGUGUUCCUGCGUGAACCUCGAGACCUUCUACUGUCCGAGCCGACGGCGGGGAAAGUGUGAGAGGACGAGACGAGACGAGAGUGUUCGAGGAGACCACUAGAGGGCUGAUGAUCUCUGUGCCAUCGCACUGUAUCUGACAUUGAUGCUUCACGUUGCUCAGCGUCAUGCGUUCAUGAUUAAGGUCAUCAGAGUUCUUAAUAUCAGAGAAACAGUGUUGUUUUCUUUUCUUUUUAAAACUGAUGCCUUUUAUUUGACUUUUUUUUUACAGCCUUGUUUUCUAUUAUGCCACUUUUACAUGCAUAAAUCUCUAAGAUUCCGUUUUUUUAUUUCCUGUCAGUUAUCUUUGCUCUGACUUCUUGACUGUUUAUGAUUUCCCAGGUGCUUUAUUCUUCCAAAAAAAGGCUGUGAUACUGCUCUUAUAGGGAUCAUUGUUCAUUUGUUUAAUAGUUAUGGUUAGAAACCUGUGUUUUUAUUUUUAUUUCAUUUCCUUUUGACGUUUAUUUAUAGCUGUUACAAAGCAGUAUAACGUAAUAGGACACGCCAGUCUGUAUCGGUCAUGCUAAGUGUUAUGCUUGGAAGAUAAUAUGCACAGUUUUUUUUGUCUUCUUAAGAACGUCAGUCUGUGUGUUAAAUGUUUUUAAUAUCUAUUUGUUCGUGACGUGAACUGUUAUCAGAUUUUCAGUGCCAAAAAAAAAAACAUUGAGAGACUAACUUAGCCAGGAGUUCUUUGUGUACUUGUUUGUGUUCAGUGUAUAUGUAUAUGAUUUAAUGUAUUUAACAUAAAGGAGCAGUUUGUAAUUUUUUAAGAGCUUUCAUCUACCUGUGAGCUGAACUACAGGUGCAUUGAUAAAAUUCACAAAACCCAAUUUCUCUGUUAAAACUCUGUUGUAAGACUUUCCUUUUAAAGGAACAUCAAAAAGAGCUCAUUUCUGGGCCAGAAAAAUUGUAAAAGUUCCUCAGAUUUCGACGGAAAUUCUGUCUGUUCCAUAGCAGUAUUGCAAAUCCUGGUUUGCUGAAAGUAUUUUCGAAGCUGUAUGAUUUAUUACAAGUUUAGAGAAGCACUUCUAAACUUUACAGACUCCACCUUUAAUCCUUUUUCCUCAGUGUUAAUAGUGAGUCACGUAGCGCUGGUCCGUUCUCCAGACUUUAAUUACUCCGUAUUCCAGACUUAGGCAGACUUUUGAGUCCAAGCCUGGGAAAAAAUGUCCUUCUAAGCAUGUAGGUUUCUCCAAAGACCUAGUUUAGUGUUUGUGUUCGCGUUUGAGGAAUAUUAACUUGCAGCCAGGCCGGCUUGCCGUCAGGCCGCAGGUCCCGCAUGCACUGGGGCGUCUCACGUUACCGCCUGUUCAAAUGUCAUGAAUAUUUGAAAGCCUUGUGACAUGGAGCUGAUAUGACUGGACCGUGGCUUUAAUGCGAGCAGGCUAAGAAUAGAGCUAACUAUAUAGAGCGUGAGACAGAGAAAGUGUUGAUUUAGUGAUUUGACGUCUAGAAAAAUGGAGAUGCGGCGAUUCUGUCACUUUUUACGUUCGCGUUCUUAAUCUGUCUUAACGGUCUUGUGUAUGACUGACUUCUAUUAUCUUCAGAAAAUGUUUCUUUAGGUUCGUUCUUCUGCUUAGCAUCGCAAUUCGCAACGAAGAUCAGACGUCUUGGAGUGACGUGUUUGUAUAUGUGAUAUAUAUAUGUUUUUUAAAAUGGACUCUUUUUGAAAUCUAACAAUACAACAGCUGUGCAUUUUUGUAUGUGAAAAACUGACAUAAAGGAUUUUGUAUCUGUCUUAAGAUAAGAUAAGAUAAUGGUUGCCGCGGUUACCGGUAUAAAUGGACUAGCAGGGCUAACCUCCUCUCUUGUCUUUCAAAAAUAGAAAAACAUGAAUUUUUUUUGGAGUUCACACCAGAUUAUUUCCUGAUAACAAAUCUCUUGGAAUAUUUUGUAAUUUUGUAGAAACGAGAGCAACAGCACCACGAAUGGUGAAUCGUCAAGAUUUAUAAAAAAAAAUACACUGAAUGGUAUACAGAAGUUGUUCUGUUGCUGAUUCCUUUCUAGAUUCAUGCGGCUUGUCAGAAUAUAUUUUAUUUGUCGGGAUAUUUAUAAUUCGAUUUGAGCCCUAACAAUUUUCAGCCGAUUUUUUAACUUUUCCUUCUUUCCUUGCUUCAGUCUUUCCUUCCUUCCUUCCUUCCUUCCUUGCUACCUUGUUUCCUUUCUUAUUCAAAUGCCAAUUCCCACCCAACAGUGACCACUCAGGAAGCUGGUCUUUUCAAACUGCUGCUGAUGGUCCAUCACAGCGCAGUGUAACACACUCGGAGGAAAGUGCAGUCUGCCCUCUUCCUCAUACAUGAGCUCAUUGGAAGCUAGUGAUCAGUUAGUGUCACUAAUUGCUGAGAGAGUAUUCCAUUCCUCUCACCCUGAGAUCAUGGUCAGUUGUGCUCCCUCAUCUCCUGGCUGUGGUUGGUUGGCUGUGGCAUUGUCUAGUUGGUUGUUUGAGUGUGUUUCCUUUAUAACAUUAUUGAAUGUUCCUGUUACCACAGCCUAUGUUUUCCUAACAUUUAUCAGAAACCUCUUAAACGCCUGACUGGACGUUCGGAUAAACUCUGGCGCUUUCCUGUCACGACGGUGAACACUUUUAGAUCGAGCGGGUGUGUACGUAUUUGACUGUGUCCUGCUUUAAUUUGCCUAUCUGGUUAUCUCUCAGCCAUGAGUCUUUACAGUCAUUGUGUGCCACCAACAUAAUGUAGGAACUUGAUCUGUCUGAUCUCCCAUUUCCCAUCAGAGGAGUAACACUUCAUGACAUCACUGGCGAUGUAAUCAGACAGAUUUGGAUAAAAGCCAACAUCCUGCUUUACCGAUGUAUAGUGUUUGUCGUGUAUAAAAGAACACGUUUUUUUGCUGGUGUGUCCAUUUUGUAUUCUCUCACACACAUUGUUUUUCAGCAGAAUUAACGUAUAAUAUAUCGGCCAUCAUGGGUAUUUCCGUUGAUCAACCCAUGAUGACUUACUUUCUGAUGCUGAAACCGAGUUUGAUGUUUGAAAAUGUUUAUCGACCGAAUGCCACGUCGCAGAGGAAAUGAAUAGUUUGUAAGAUGUUGAUGUUUGUACUAUUAGAACACGUGACUUCAGAACACCUAACACAUAUCUCACACUUUUGUGCCUUAUUUUGUUGUAAUACAAACACUGCCAAACCGUUUCUUUACCUUUUUACAUACUGAACUGCGACUUUCUUUGUUUCACUUGAACUUUUCUACAUUUCUAUUCUGCCUCUUUCAACAAUUUAUACACUUUUCUACUUUAUAUUGAUGAAUAACCUUGAUUCCAUGCUGGGGUUUUGUUUUUGUUUUUGUUUUUUUUGUAUGUCAUUAGAUUGUAAUACCUAAUUGAGUACGUUGGUCAUUUGGACAUUCUGUAUGGAAAAGUGUGUGGAAACCUUUUUCCUGGAAAGAACUGCAUUUCAUUUGCAUUCGCUAACAGGAGAGUUGAAAUCUAACCAGUCAGGAUAUCAAAUAAACAAUAACCAAA